CUGCUCCCCUCCGGCCGGCGCUGAGGCUGCCGGGAGCCGCCAUCUUCUCGGGGCGCCCUGCCGAGAGCGGCUCCCGCGCCGGGGACGGGACAGGACAGGACGGAACGGGACGCUCCCGGAAUGUAAAUAUUGGGAUUUGUUUUAAAGGUUGAUGGAAAAUAGUGAUGAAAGCAAUAUCUGCUUUGAUUAAUCCAUUCCUAUACUUGGUCUGAUUGGAUACUAAUUCCUUCGGGAAAAUCGACUGAAAUCUAGAGGAGAGCCCUGCUUUUGAAGACAUGACGUGUAAUGUCCCACAUAACUCAGAAGCUUGUGCCUCUGCAGACACUGAUGGUGCCCAGGAAUGGGCCCAGGAACAUGGCCGACUGGGAACUUUUGUUGGAUUUCCACAGGACUGUCCGGUAUCSGUGUUAGCUUUAGCACAAGCUGGCUUUGUGUAUACUGGAGAAGGUGACAAAGUGAAGUGCUUCAGUUGCCAUACAGCUAUUGAAGGAUGGGUGCCUGGGGAUUCUGCAGUUGAGAGACACAGACAGCUUGCCCCCGACUGCAAGUUCAUUACUGAAUCUGCUUUUCUGGAAAAUGAUACGGAUCCUGUUGCCCAGAAGUACCAGAACACAACUGAAAASAGUUCCAGCAAUUCAGCCCUCUCAUAUGCUCUGAAUGACCCUGAUGUGGAGGCAGAYUACCUUUUGAGAACUAGGCAGGUUGUGGAUAUGUCAGAUACUUUGUAUCCUAAAAUCCCUGCUAUGUGCAGUGAAGAAACAAGGUUAAAGUCUUUUUACAACUGGCCCCUCAAUGGUCAUUUGACACCACAGGAAUUAGCUAAUGCUGGAUUUUAUUAUACAGGGGUUGGUGACCAAGUGGCAUGUUUUUGUUGUGGUGGAAAAYUGAAAGACUGGGAACCCAGUGACAGAGCUUGGUCAGAACACAAGAGGCAUUUUCCCAAAUGCCUUUUUGUCCUGGGCCGGGAUGUUGGAAAUAUUUCAAGUGAAUCUAUUCCGGCUGAGCUUGGCUUAACUGGUCAGAAUAAUGUACAGCACCCAAGGAAUCCCUGUAUGGCAAAAUACGGAAAACGUUUACAAACAUUCUUGUCUUGGAUAUAUCCUGUUGACAAGGAGCGACUCGCAGAAGCUGGAUUCUAUAGCAUAGGUAAUGGUGAUCACGUUGUGUGUUUCCACUGUGGUGGAGGGUUGCAAGAAUGGAAGGAAAAUGAGGACCCUUGGGAUCAACAUGCCAAAUGGUUUCCUGGGUGCAGAUUUGUGAGCAAGGAAAAGGGGAUAGAAUUUAUAAAUAAUGUUCACUUAAGAGAUGGAUGUAGGAAUUCAACAACAGAAGCUGCUGAAGGGACGAUACUUCCUAAAGAUGAUCUCUUACAGAAUCCUUUGGUACAAAGUGCCAUAACCAUGGGUUUCAGUUUGUCUGAGAUUAGGAACACCAUGGAAAAGAGAUUGCAGAUGACUGGAGAAAGUCACACAUCUGUUGAGGAUCUGGUAGCAGACUUAAGUGCUCAUAAAGAAAAUACAAGGGAAGAAGAACCAAAUGAAAUCCCAGUUGAGCAAGAUGAGCUUAUUCAAUUACAAAACCUCUACCUCAGUACKGAAGAGAAGUUAAGACGCUUACAGGAAGAGAAGCUCUGUAAAAUCUGUAUGGCUAAAGACGURUCAGUUGUCUUCAUUCCCUGUGGUCACCUCGUUGCCUGUAAGGAAUGUGCUCAAUUACUUAAUGAAUGCCCUCUGUGUCGUACAGAUAUUGCGAAAAGACAGGAAAUUUUUAUGUAUUAGGAAAUAUACAGCACUGUGGAUUCAAAUAUUUCCUGGUUUAUUACUUUAAAAAUGUGUAAUGUAAUAUAAAAAAKGCAUUUAAUUUCAGGAUGUAACCAGAUGGCAGGAUUUAGAUUUUUCUGCUGUCAAACKCUACACAUUUUAACACUUUACAAAUUAUUUUCCUUAAGUGUAUUUUUUGUAUGUAAAAAGCAAUAUGUAUGAAAUGCAAAUAURUAUCUUUUCUAACUUCAAUUCAUAGACCAGAUAUGGGAAAGCCCAAGUAAGGCAAGCCUGUAUUUAUAUGAUCAUUCCUUCACUUCGGUAGGAUUUUGUAUGAACUGAAAUAUGUGCAAAUAGUUGUACAAAGAGCCUAUCCCUAUAUAAAAUUUGAAGAAUAUAAGUUAAAUUAAAAUCURAUUGUAUACAUGURUAUUAUAGCUGAGAUUGUAGCUUAAAAAUAUUAUGYAAGAUUGAAAACAGUCUMUUUUUUCUGUAACUUUGGUUGUGACAUAAUUCAGAGACUACACAUAAACCUGCUGCUGUAAUACUUCACCUUAUGUUUACUUCUGCUGCUUUGUAAAUUAGUCUGUUUUAAUUUAAUUCCUGUCUCCCUACCUACUUUUCUGGUUCAMAUGUAUAAAUUUGCUUCAAUAAACUGGUUUUAGCCAUUUCUUUUUCACUAAGA